AUGGUGUUGUCUAUUGACGUGUCAUACUUUGUGGCUUGCUCUCGAAUUUUUCGUGGUCAGAGCCCGCCCGCGGCCACGAGCAGGCUCUUUGGGAGCAGAAUCAAUGCCGAGGAUGACAUUAUGCCCAAAGUGACCUCUGAGAGCGCGAGCGGGCGUGGUUUGAUCAAUUUGAUGCUGUUUUCAAAAAUUUCGUUCUCGCUGUUGUUGAUGUUUUUCUCUUCAAGACAAUUGUAG